GCUGUUGGAAAGGGCUAUACUGCGCGAUGCUUAACGUGCUUGUAUUAGGGUUCAGUUUCGUGAGCCUUGUGGGAGGGUAUUGUCAUCCUGGUGAUAUGGCGGGGAGGGUUGCAGGGGGUGCUUCCCUGUUCUAUCAGUACCGCGGGUCAGACGUGUACAGGUGCGCUAGCGACUGUCUCAGCUUCAAAGUGUGUCAAGCCUUUGAUCUGCGACGGAGCGACAGGGUGUGCUCCUUAUACGCGAAGUCGACAAACGAAACGGAAGUGGUGAUAUAUGACGACUACGUCUACGAUGACAUCAAGAACUGGUUACAGAAGGUCGCGGGUCAAUGUGCAGGGCAUUCCUGUCCUCCGCAGACGCGGUGCCGAGUCAGUAGGACCAAUGUCCCUAUCUGUGAGGACUGGGACCCUUGCCUUGUUCAAGGACGCACAAGGUACUGUCUUCGUUUGAUCCCUCUUAAGAACAACAGAAGCUUGGCGACAGAGAUUUGCGCUGCGCAGGGAUGGCACCUGUCAACACUGGACACCGAGGAAAAGAAUAAGCUUUUCAAAGUCUACAUUGGAAUAACUGAAAACAGCAACGUCAAUGUGUUUGUAGCAGGCAACGAAGAGGAUGGGACUUGGCUGUGGAGCAACGGUCGGCCGUUGGAAUAUGGUGACUGGACCCUCAGUCAACCAAUCACAAUCCGCAACAAGGAGAAUUGCAUCGUGGCGGGUGCUUUAGGCUGGAGAUCUAGGUUAUGCACAACUUACGUCAAUCACGUGUUGUGCGACUUGACAUAUACUGUAUGAAUAGCAUGUAUAUUCUAUAGCCACCUUCAAAGGGGUUAGGUAUGGUCCAGAUUGGAAAUAGAUCAAUUCAAGUUAUUCAAAACCGGUUUUGUUUUUCAGUUAACAUGUUUUUAUCGUCCAAAACUGGCUCGCACAGGAGAUAUCGCUUGGGUGAGACACAUGUCUACACAGAUAUACAUAUCAUAUACAACAACUUUUAUGUGAGGAGUUGUUUGUUUUACUCUUGUGAUUUUUGAACUCGACGUACCUCUAAAAUCUGCUGACACCAUAUUUAAACAUGUACUCAUACCAC